CCUGUGUCGUCUCAUCAGCAAGCUAAGUAAUAUAGAGAGAGAUCAAUCCAAAAAAGUUAUACAUCUCUAGUUUUUGAUCAACCAUGCAGCUCUUCUCGAAGUUUCUGACACAAACAGAUGUGGAGAGAAGAUUGGCAAUCCCAACAGACACCCUGCGAAACCAUUUCAAGCUUUCAAGAGGCAAACAUUUUGUGGAUUUGAAGGUGAAGGACUCAAUUGGGCAACUCUGGAGAUUCCGCUGCUGCACUAGGCUGACCGGAAAACAUCCUAAGCCAGUUUUCUCGACCGGAUGGAAUGAUUUUGUCAGAAGCAAAAGUCUUCAAAUUAAUGAUCAGGUUGUUUUCUACAAAGAGAGGGACAGAGCUGCUGGGGCUGAGUUUAGGAUUGAAGUAAAGCGACGUAUUACCAGAAUAAUGGGGAGAGAUAUAUGGGUGGAUGUGGAGCAAAUACAAAACAACAAGCCAUAACCAAUAUUAGAAUAGUACUAGCUAGAAAAUGUUGCGCACUUUAUGAAACAGUGGCUACUACGGUAUGCUUUUCGCAGUUUUUAGCUUAAUUAUUUUCUUCUUUAUGGCCUUUUAUCAAACUCCAUGCGCACUAAUGUCUAUGAUAGCCUAUAGAGUAUCUCUAGUAGUCUUGCCUUUUUAAUUUGUUAAUGUUAUCCAAUAGAGUGCCAUGUUUUGC